AUGGCUUCUCUGCCAUCGGGGUACUUUACCAGCGCUUUCUUCCUGGGUACAAUGGUUGCAUCGGGGCUUGCCCUCAGCGGGGGAACCGGGGGUUUCGCUCUCGCGGCUCCUAUCCUUAAUAUUAUCAAUGCAGACAUUGGGCCUGACCCUAAUUAUGUCUGGAUCAGCUUGGUCUAUACCUUAACCCUUUCGGUUGGCCUGACCAUCGUCGGCCGGCUUUCUGAUCUCUUUGGACGCCGCUGGUUCUUCAUCUCGGGAAGUGCCCUCGCUGUCAUCGGUUGCAUUAUCUGCGCUACUGCUCAAAGUGUGUCGAUGGUCAUUGGUGGCACCACUCUCAUUGGACUCGCUGCGUCGACCCAACUAUCAUUCCCAUUUGUGGUUGGAGAACUUGUGCCAAUGGAGUAUCGUUUUAUGGCUAGUGCGUUUAUCUACGUCUGGUCCAUUCCAUUCUCUGGACUUGGACCGAUGGUAUCGUACGCCUUCGUGCUUCACACCGACGCAGGAUGGCGCUGGUGCUACUAUUUGAUGAUCAUUGUGAACGGGCUCAGUCUUGCCUGCUGGUAUUUCUUCUAUCAUCCACCUACUUUCUCUAUGAAGCAUCGCACGACAACCAAAUGGGCCAUGGUAAAGAAUUUCGACUAUGUAGGGUUUUUUCUCUUUACUGGCGGGCUCCUUAUCUUCCUCAUGGGCCUUUCCUGGGGCGGCUCUGUGCACCCUUGGAAGUCGGCCUAUGUUAUCGGCACACUAGCCGUUGGCUUUGUUGCUUUGGUAGUCUUUGUCCUCUGGGAAUCCUUAGGACAAUCAAAGGAACGGCUGGUCCCGAUGCACCUGUUUCGGAACACUGGUAUGUAUCUUCGGUUCCAGCUUCAGGAGUUCCACCGACUAACACAGUUCCAAUACAAUCCAGGCUGGGACGCAACGAUUCUCCUCAUCUCCCUGGGUGCGUCUGUUUAUUACGCCUUCUCAAUUAUCCUCCCGCAGUUGGUUUUUGGGGUUUACACCAGCGACCUGUUCUAUGGGUCCGCUCUUUCCAGCAUCGUCGGGGCUUGCAUUGUCAUGGGCCAGAUAAUUGGGGGCCUACUAUCCAAACGAAUUGGGAAGCAGAAGUGGCAGCUAGUCAUCUCGACUGCCGCGUUCAUGGGCCUCCUGGGCGCCGUGUCGUGUGUAACGGUCGACAAUAAGAAUACUGUCAUUGGUCUUCUGAUCGUGGGCUGCUUCUUCGCAGGUUGGGUUGAGGGGAUUGGCCUUGCAAUGGCGACUAUCCUCAUUGACGACCAGUCUGAGAUCGGAACCGCCCUCGGUGUUGCCGGAUCAGUGAGGUCGACUGUCUCGACUGUUGCGGCAGCGAUCUACUUGACGGUCCUGUCCAAUCGCCUGGGAAAAACAAUACCCACUGAAGUCCCACCCGCACUUAUCGACGCCGGUCUGCCAGCCUCCUCUAUCGCUGGCUUUAUUAAGGCCGUCCCAACCGGCUCAUUCAAGGGGAUCCAAGGCCUGACGACCCACAUUAUCGAGGUAGGCGUCGCGGCGUACAAGGCUGCGAGUGCAUCGGCAUACCGCACGGUGUUCCUCACGUCAAUCGCAUUUAGUGGUGUGGCGCUGAUCCUGAGCUUCUUUUGUCCCAAUGUAGAUGACCGGAUGACCGGGAUGGUGGCGAUCACAUUGCGCAAGGAGAAACAUGGUAGUGAUGUUCAAGGGAGGAAAGAGGCUUCGACGGACGCAAAGCACAUGCAUGUCGAAAAUGUGUAG